AGCACCAAGUCACGCAUACACACGCCCAUCUUCUUUCCUCUCAAUCCUUCCACACCUUUUUUCUCUCCUUGGGUCGUCUUUCAUCUGGUUCAACUUCAACAGAUACCUGAGGUUGCCACUCUGGCCUCAGACAACUCCCAUCCGUUUCUUCCUUCCUUCUUUUCCCCCUACGGUACACCCUCAAUCACAAUCCCAACCCCAACCCUCAAUCUCUCAACCACAAUCAACCACGCCUUGAUUCUAUCAAACCAUCCCGCCUCCCUCUCUUGACAAAGGACACAUCACUCUCUCGAGUUACCCGCUGUAUCAUUACUCUGUUUUGCCCAACGAGACAAGGAUAUUCACCCAGCCCCGCCUCCCCCUUGCCCGAGACUACAAGCGUUCACGAUAACCUCGUCUCUAUCGACCCACUCCUCCUCAAACGUCGGCCACAACACCUCAAGUCAUCUCUCCAUCGGCCUUCAGUCAUCGUACAGAGAUUUACCGUCGAAUACACACUUGUGAGUACACAGCGUCAACUGCGAUACUUUGUUCCAUCUCAUUCUGGUCGAUAUCAUUGGGUUCGGUUCCGGGGUGUCAUCUGCUCUCCUGUCUGAUCCUGCUCGACUCUUCAUAUACUCAGCAUGGCCUCCUCCACCAUGCCUCCUCCUCCUACUCCUUUGGCUCAUCGUCGCUCCCAUCGCCUUGUCACCCAAAACUUGUCUUCCUCUUCAGUCUCCGCAGAGUCUUCAGCAUGUCUCCUUCAUAAGAUGUCCAAAGCCGCUACAUUCCACUUACCCUCGUCUCAGCCAUCUGAGAGUGACCCGAGCCUGAGCAUUCCUUACCUCGCUCGUCGUUCACCAUCCUGCUCCUCCUCUACCUUGACCAGUUGGCUUUCAGAGAAAGGAGACGUUGCUCGAUCUAUAGCCGAAUUUGAACAAACCUUUUCAGGCGCCCGCGGAACAAAGUCCUCGACCCGACGCAGAUCAGCACAGAACUUUGACCACAUUGUCCGUCGUGUUUCCCUCCCUUCAGACGAAGGCUUUGGUUCUUCCAUCGGCCCUGAUAAAGGUCUCUCUGCCACGUUGGAUAAAGCCUUGGACUUGGCCUCGAAUAGAGAUAGUGGAAUCGGGUCGUCAAUCAGUGACUCAGCCGAAAAGAUCGGGGGAAGCACCUGUGAAGAAGACGGUCUUGUCGUCCAAGACUUGAUUCAAGGUUGGAUUGCCCGCUGCAUGGUCAUGUGUGAUGAUGAUGUUAACCUCUCCCCAACAGAAGCUGACUCUCCAGAAUCAACCUCUCGCCGUCCUCGCCUAGUCAGCCGAUCCGCUGUCACCCAAAGCAUUGCACCGGCCUCAAGGCCUGUUGUUCGUCACCCUCAGCUAAGCUCGUUCGCCAAGAAGAAGGUCAAGGACUAUAUUAUCACCCCUAUCCUCGAAGAAUCCCGAUUUCAAACUCUCCAUCCUCUCGUCACUGCUCUAGGAACUCGGACCAACAAAUCCAUCAGAUCCUUGAGAGAUCUUGAACAAAGCCUCAUCUUCCAGCCAUUGGUAAGCACGCUCAUCUCCCGCUAUCCAACACGGUCUGACAUUCCUGGCAAGACUCUUGCCAUCUCCACUCAAUUGUAUCGAAGCUUUGGUGAAUUCACCAUCCAGCUUGUCAUCGACACAUACCAACAACUCUCUGAGUCGGAGCAACGACGUGCUUCCGACCGCCCUUACGACAACGGAUACUUCCUCGAUCUGGUCCAGCAAGUUAACAGACUAGCCAGUCACAUCGGAUCUUCCAGUUCUGCCUCAGAAUCUGCCACUGUCGAAGAAUCCGACGACAUGGCCUAUUCUCCUGAUGACGAGGUCACUCUCGAGGGUGGCCUUGACGAGACCGGCAAUUUCGCCGAACUCGUCCGCUGGAAGGAUGGCAAAGGCAUCUCGCUAAGAACGGGACAGCCGUAUGAACCUCUCGCUGGCCUCAAGAGGCAAAGCAGCACGGCUUUGGACGAGGACAUUGCUCGUUCCAUGGCUCGCAGAAAGAAGGGCUACAUACCUGAACACAUCGAGAUGAAAUGUAGUGACAAGACUUGUGACAAGACUUUCACGAGAAAAUGCGACUUGUCCAAACAUGAGAAGACACACUCUCGGCCUUACAAGUGUUCGGAGCCCAAUUGCAAAUAUCAUGAGCAGGGUCUUCCCACAGAAAAGGAACUCGAACGUCACUGGAACGAUAAGCAUUCAGCCGAUCCCCUUUUCUACAAGUGCGAGUACUGCGAGUUCAAGACCAAGCGUGAGUCGAACUGCAAGCAGCACAUGGAGAAGAAGCACGGGUGGACCUAUGAGCGGGCCAAGGGCAAAGAUAAGGCCAUGGGCAGCGUCAAGAUGACGCCCGGUCAGACUCCUCGCACUCCAGCCAUGGACUAUUCUCCCAGUCCUGCAGUGUCUCUGCGAACCGGAUCCAUCUGGGACGACAAUAGCUCCGUUGCUGGUAGCAUUGCCGGUAGUACUGCCAUUACCCCGUUCGAUCAGCCCAUGAACACCUUUGACAGCAACUUUGGUCAAGGUGCUGUCACCUACUCCAAUCCCAUCUUUCCCAGGGCCACUCAGCCCAUGCAGUAUGCUCAGACCCUGGACGACUUUGACUUCAACACCUUUCCUCAGAGUUAUUCCAACUCUGCUCAAGCCUAUAUCUCUCCCACCAACAGCACCCCGAGCUCUCACAUGAUGGGCACACCAAUUACUCCAACCUACAGCAACAUCACUGAGCCAUCUCCAUACAGCACCCAUAUAGACAUGGCCGUCGACUGUCCAGAGCCAAGCACUUGGAACAUUGGUCUGCAAACCCCUAAUUCCUUUCUCCAACCUCAUUCUCGCAAUCCGUCCAUGUCCAACUACUCUCCCAUGGUUGCGGAUACUUCGGUUCAAUCCUUUGACGAUGAUGUCAUGAUGCCGACCGAGUUUGAUCUUCCUCAAGGAGAUUUCGCUCUAUUUGGGGGAGAUACUAGCGCUUUCUCCAACCUAGCUGGACCCGGUGCCACCUUGUUUCCAAGCGAGCCCGAGGCCUUUGCUGCCCUCGACAACAAUCCCAUUUUCAAUGAGCAAUGGGCGGAUGACAUGUUUGAUUUCAACAUGGAAGCCAAAUUCGCUUAGAGAGAGCAUCUAGAGUGCUACAGAAGUUGUGGUAAUUCAUGCCGCAUUUUACUCUCUCCCCUUCAAACAAACAUAAGAGCCCCCUUUCGCGGGCUCUCUCCCAAAUUGGAUCUCAAACCCAAAAAUUGUCCCACUCUAGGGGCUUGGGUGAACCAUUGAUGAUGGGUUCUGUUACGAUUAUGACAUUUCAUUUACAUUUUCAAACUUCAUCUUCUCAAGAGCUGAGAACGGAGUAAGAAUGGACACAAGGAGGAGUUUUUACACAAGGACAUGGUCCGGCGGUGAUUAUCCCGUGACAUGGCUUAGGUUGAGAAUGCAGAAACAAAUAGCCCACUACUUGCUCGGUGAUACGAGGGCGGCGUAUUACGACUUGAAGGUUGAAUCAAAUCAGGGGUUGAAGGAUAGGAUACAAUAGCUGUGUUAACCCUGUUACCAAUAUCAUCCACCUCAUUUCUUUUCA